AUGUCCCAAACCGUGGCCUUCCUCACUACCUUCGCCCCCCUCCCCGCCACAGCCCCAUCAUCCCACGCACAUAUAAUAAAAGACUUGGCCCGCGGCACCUCGAAGCCCCGCCUCCAAGACGCCAUCGUCACUCUACUCUACAACAUCUCAUUCAGCACCCUCACCACAUUCCUCGACCCAGACAUUAAAGAAUUCCGACUCAUACAAACACGCCGGCGAGGCAGAGAUGCAGGCGAGCAACUCAUAGUCAUGAAACGAGGCUGUAAAGUUAUCGUACAAAAUCUACUCCUUACCUACUACCCAAGCUUCACUUUUUCUUUCAAUACCCCUAAGCAAAAAAAAUACAUGCAAUUCGCUAUCAACUCUACACAACGCCUAACGCUUUACAAAAAAAAUUACCAGAUAGGACUCGCAAACUACUGCCCAGAACUCUUCGACACCCUCGAAUUCGACAAUCUAGUCCGCAUGGAAAUCGACAAAGACGGCGCGUGGAAACUCGUGUACGCGUCCUACCGCGACUACUUUUGCAAGAGCUGGGAUGCUGUUUGGGAGGGGAGGACGGUGAAUCGGGGGUGGGAUUGUCUCAGUUUGAGGGCUUGGGUCGAGGAUCCGAGGGCGGAGAGUAGGAAGACGUUGGAGAUUCUUGCGGAAGAGUUGAUGUUGGUGGUGGUUACGGGAAGGAUGUGGGAGGCGAUUGGGUUUGCGUCGACGCUCGCUACCGGGUAG